AUGUCAGCUCUGAGGGUACUGAUCUCCAUCAAUAUUGUGGUGUCUGCUUCAACAAAUAGUUCACUUACGGGCAGACAACAGAGAAGUUUCACACCUCCUGCAGCAGCUAACACUUCCCUGUCUGUACGUGUGGGUACAAAGGCUGUGCUCUCUUGCCUUCCCGUCACCUCGACAGCUGUGCAGGUAACCACCUGGGAAAUAACCCUCAGAGACCAGCCUGCCUGCACUAGAGCCUACAGGAGAGAUACGAACGAGACCAGGGCCAAAAACUGUAGUGACGAGACAAUAUCCUGGGACACCAGACAUGAUCAGAACCCUGUCCUUCAGAUUGAUCCAGUGGCCAUCACCCAUGAUGGAUAUUACAGGUGUGAAGUGGCCACACCUGAAGGGAAUUUCUAUCAGGGAUAUCACCUGCAAGUGACAGUGCCCCCUGAGGCGACCCUGUUUCGAGGCAAGAAUGGAACUGUCGUGUGCAGGGCAGCUGCAGGGAGGCCAGCGGCGCAGAUCUCCUGGACCCCAGCGGGAGAUUGUGACACUGAGGAAGAGCCACUGGGCAAUGAUACAGUGACUGUGCAGAGCACGUGCCUCUGGGAGGACCACCCGGUGUCCACUGUGUCCUGCUCUGUGUCCCAUCUCACUGGCAACGAGAGUCUGUCCAUAGAGUUGAUUCAAGGUGUCUUAAUCCUGAAAUUUCCAGCAUCAACCUUACUGAUCAUUCUGUAUGUGAAAUUCUCUCUAUUCUUGGUUAUCCUGGUCAUGGUGGGACUCAUCUACUUCCAGGGAAUAAAAGAUCGCAGGAUAGUGGAACAGACUCAGGACUUGCCAAGCGCAGCUGUUCUCAGGCGAGGGCUCUUUCUGGCCCGCGGAAACCAGCAGAUACACGGGCAGAGCGCGCACCCGCACCUGGAGGGCCGCAGAGCAUCCGUCUUCACCCGGGCGUCAAGCUUCAGGGCGAGACCGUCCAUGUGCCCCGAGUCACUCCAGAUUUUCA